UCAAAAUCACAAACUGCUAACUGACUUCAAAGAGAAAGGGGGCUGGUUUUUUAAGCUGCUUCCCGAAAUCAACAGUAAUUUUACAAGUUGCAAGGUCUGGACAAUCGAUUAAACUUUGUACUGGCACUUGCAAUUUUGUCGUAGUAAACAACGUUCACAUUAACAGCUUUCUUUCAUCUAUGGAAAUACUCUACUGCGUGUGAUUUUACAAUUGUUUAUUAGUAACUAAGCAAUGGGAGAUCCGACAUCUUCUUCAAUGACGGAAUAUGAUUACUUAAUCAAGUUCCUGGCGCUAGGCGACUCGGGUGUCGGCAAGACCAGUUUCCUCUACCAAUACACAGAUUCAACAUUUAACAACAAGUUUAUAUCAACAGUAGGAAUCGACUUCAGGGAAAAACGAGUUAUGCACAGGCCAAAAGGUUCCGACAGCACAGCUAGAGGUCAAAGAGUACACUUGCAAUUAUGGGAUACUGCUGGACAAGAAAGGUUUCGUAGUUUAACAACUGCCUUUUUCCGAGAUGCCAUGGGUUUCAUCCUUAUCUUUGAUUUGACUAAUGAGCAAUCGUUUCUAAAUAUUCGUAACUGGAUGACGCAGCUACAGAUGCAUGCGUACUGUGAAAGUCCAGAUAUUGUUUUGUGCGGCAACAAAGCUGACCUCGAAGACCAAAGAAUCGUGAGUGAUGAGAAAGCAAAAGAAAUGGCGGAAAAGUUUGGAUUGCCAUACUUUGAAACGAGUGCGAAAACAGGUCAUAAUAUUGCCAAAGCAAUUGAAUGUCUCUUGGACAAUGUGAUGUUACGAAUGGAAAGAAGUGUCGAUAAGAAUCAGUUUCCAAAUUUUGUAGCGAACAACGGCAAAAAUGUUCCAAUGGAGUUAGACGAAGCAGGAGAUCAAAGGAGUAGUUGCGCAUGCUAGACAACUAUGAAGAAAUCAGAACCACCAACAACUCACCAGUUUUUAGAGAAAACAAUUUACAUACUAACCCCUAACAUGUUCUUUGCGAUAGUUUUGAACUGCGAAACAAUCCAUUUCCAUGCAUACAUUCUGUUGGGUAAAUGUUUUCUGUACAUGUUAUUUAUUCAUAGACCUAUAUAACAAACUUCAUGAAUAUCAGUAUUAAAAUCCUACUUUCAAAGUUUUCCAAAACCAAAAUUUCCAAAUAGCAGAAAACAUAAUACAUACUGUAAUGUGUAUUUUUGGGUUUUCUUUUUCUCUUACAUUUUUAAAAAUCUUACACUUGCCCAUACUUGAAACCAAAUUUUUGGAAACUAAUUUUUAUAAAAGCUUCAUAAAAGUAGCAUGCAAUUUCAAAACAAAUUGCUUAUUUUCAAAAUAAAUUUAAGAUGUAAAGAAUUAGAAUAUUACUUAGCCACAUUUAAUUAAAGAAUUAUAUUUGUUUUUUUUUUACUAAAUUUACAUUCUGACAGUACUUGAGUUUUCGCCUUAUGUGCUUGAAAUAUUUGAAUAAUACAAAAAGCAAAUAGUAUAUAAAAUGCUAAUUCUUAAUUGCUGUAUUUAAAUCUAAUUUGUUCUGAAGACUUCACAUUAUAACUCAAAAUUACUACUCAAUUGUGAAAAAGUUACAGUAGUUUUUCAGUUCAACAAUUUAAUCUAAUAAAAUUCAGUAAUCAACUAUUUUGAUAUUUUGAAUGUAAAUGUGUUUUGCAACUUACUAUACCCGUGAUGGUAGUAAUUCCAUUUUUUUUUUGUAUUGAUAACUUUAACAUUUGAAUAUACUUCAUGCAUGACUGGGUUCUUUGUAGGAGACAUGAAGGAGAACCAUAAUACAUUCUCCAUUUUUGUAAGAUAUCUAAAUAUUUAAUUAAGUACAUUAAACCUAUUGUGCCCAGAAGUAACAAAUUGUUGUGGGUGCUAACAGAAAAGAAUUGUGAGAGAGCAGCAGAAAUGUAAUGGUUGGAUUGGUUUUGGAACAGGCACUGAAAACAUCUAGGCUAGUGAAUGUGUUAAUGUGUUGACGAAUUUGUGUACACAGUUGCUAGAUGUCGAAUUCUGUUUAAUUUUGCUUAGCCUUGCUUGGUUUGCAAAUAUUUUAAUAUCGUGACCUGUAUGCUAUUCAGUAUGGGAUUGAUUGGCAAUUGGUUAUGAUAUGUCAGCAUACAAUGAUAUUCAAUCUCCUUUUAAAUGUUUUGUUUAACUGGGACUUUUCUCAUAGUUUGUUGUAUUCAUAAGAAGUCAUAGUUUUGAGUACUGUAGUGGGAGGUUUUGCUGCCUUAAAAAGGAUUUUUAUACAUUGUUAUUUUGAUUGAUUUUGGAUUAAUGGUAUUUUGAAAAUAUGUUCCUCCUGAACAUAUGUACCUGAAGAAGAAAAGCUUUGCGGGAUAAACAGCAUAAUGUCAUAGACCACCACCAUCAAUAUUGAUUUACCUAUACUAAGCCUUCAUGUCCAUUAAAUAUUACAUACAUCUCCAACCUACAAAUUAAUAUUGAUAUGUUAGGUAAAGUGUGUCAUAGGUUUAAUGGGAUUAUACACUGCCUCAGUCACUGGGUUGAAGAUCUUAACAUGUUUAUAUUUUAAACAUUAUUGGCAAAAUUAUUGCAGAAUUUAAUUACGGUAUAAUAAUUACGGAAUCCAAACUAUACAGUAAGUCUGUAUAAAUGCAAGGAAAAUGAAUAAUGCAUAUACACUAUCAAUCAUUUAUAAUAAUACUGACAACAAUGGGAGGACAGAUGAUGCUGGAGGAUGUUUUCAUUCUGUAAUAAAUGGUUGUCAAAAUAAUAUUUUAGUACUUAGUUAAUUAUCAUGUGAUUGCACAGAACUGGCAUUAGGAAACCCAAGAGGAAUAAUGAAUAUAAAAACAAAAUAAUUCAAAAUAACAGUAAUAGGAAAAAUUGGAGGAAACAUAUUGCGAUGUCAUUUGUCUAAAGCGACUAUGUCAUGCUAUUUGGCAAGUAUUGGCUGUGACACAGUGUAUCUUGUAGCCAUCAAUUCACUAAGAAAGUAUAAAGCAUAUUGAAAGAACCUUGAAUGUCUAUGCUCAUCAUAGUGAACUCUAAGUUCAAAGGUCAAAGUGUAUUCAAGAUUCAUGGAUAUUUUUUUCUUGGUUGUUUUUUAUUGAUAUAAUGUAUGUGUCAUGUAUUCAUAAAUGCGUAUUCAAUUUAUUUUUAAAUAUGCAAUUUAAUUUCAAAAUAUAUAUUUCUACACAGUAAUUUUUAUUCUAUUCAAUAGUCUAUUAUAUGAUGUUCGUAUAUACUGGUAUGUAAAAAAGGGGAGUGAUAUAAUAUUUGAUCAAUGUAAGAUCUACAUAAUGUGUAUGUUACUGUAAUGUGUAUUAAUAUGAGUUAUUAAUGUGAUCAAUUGGGAUAACAAUUUUUGAUAAAUAUGAUGGGAAAGCAAUAUUUUGUCAAUAUGGCAUAAAACUAGUUAAUGGGAUAACAAGAGUUAGUCAUUAUAGCCAUAGAGCGUAUAAGAUAAUAGUUUGAUUAUGGGAUAGCAAUAGUUUAAUUAUGGGAUAGCAGUAGUUAAUCAAUGUAUGGAAUAACUAUUUAGUUAGUAAAUAAUAUUGGAUAAUGAUUUUGAUCAAUAUGAGAAAAGUAUUUGAUUAAUAUGGUUAAACAAUAUGUGUACUGUAUGGGAUAACAAUAGUUAGUAUGGGUUAACAUUUGCUGAAUAUGGGAAUAACACUAUUUGAUGAACAUUUGAAAUAUUAAUCAAUGCAGUAUGGUAAUAUCUGAUCAAUAUAAUGAGAUAAAAGUUUGUUUGGUAUGAAAUAAUGAUAAUUGAUCAUUAUAAGAUAAUGAUAUUUGAUCAAUAUGGUAUAUUGAUAAUGUACUCAAUAUUAGACAUUAAUAACUAUUGUAAUUUGUUAUUAAUAUUCAAUAUUGAAAUGUGGGUAUUGAAUAUUGACUUGAUCAAUAUGGAUAUUGAAACAUGAUGAAUAUGGCAUAUUAAUACAUGGUCAAUAUGGAAUAUUGCAAUAGAGUACAUAAUCAAUAUCUGGUAUUGAUGUGGUAGUAAUUUUUGACCAAUGAGAUAUUGGUGUGUGAUCAAAUCUGAGGUUGAUAUUAGAAGUUAUGAAAUGUGGAUAUUUUGCCAAUACAGUUUAUAUUUAUCGAUAUGGGAUGAAAGAAAUCUGAUUUUUGAUCAGUGUUUGAUAUAAAUAUUAUUUAAAAUUGUUGCUCACACAACUUUCUUGUAAUUACAUUCCUUUCUGUAUAUAUGGUGGUUAUUUUUUGUGAAAUUGACUUUAUAUAAAUAAGAUUGUAUUUAAAACAAUAAAAUAAUUAUAUUACAUGGUGGAUUUAAAUUAUAUUAGAUAUUUCUGAAAAGAUUUCUUUUUUUUUAAAUAUAGAAUUUAAAUAGAAAUUACUGAAUUAGAUAUUGCAUUCAGGAUUGGAAAUAAUUAUACUAUAUAAUUAUUAUUAUUAUUAUUAUUAAUACUGUAAAACAGAUGAAAUAUGCCUUUGGUUGUGGAAUGGUAGUUGAUACUAUAAUGGUGGAUUGCUAAUACUGUACAGCUGCACCGGUGGAUAUCAAAUAUUGUGUUGUGAUGCAUCUAUAGCUAAUAAUCUACAAUUAAUGGAUAUCAGAUACUUCUCUGUGGUGGAUAGCUGAUGCUGUACUACAGAUAAAUGUACUAUGUUAGAUAUGGUAGCUACUGUCCCGUGGUGAAUACCUAAUACUGUAUGAUGGUGAACAACUAAUACUGUAACAGAGAAUAGCUGAUAAUGAUGGUUGAUAUAAUAUACUGUACUACUACUAAUGUGGAUAGCUGAUACUGUCCAAUGGUGUACUCUAUAUCAGAUAGUGUGCAUCUACUGAUUGUUGGAUUUGAUACAGUAAUAAAAUGGAUACUAUGCUAUGACGAACAGCAGAUUAUAUUGCAGAUGCUGUGUUUAUGGUGGAUACUAUAGAUAUAUCAAUUCAUGAAGUGGAUGGAAAAUGCUACAUCGUGCCAUAUGAGGCUGGGAGUGGGUAAAGCAUAAUACAGGAAUAGGAAAAUUUGAUGGUGUUGGUAAAAUGGUAAAAGGGAGCACAUGUAUACAUACCUUAUAUUGUAUAUGGAAAUAAAAUGUUUAUUAGAAGUAAUUAAGUUUCAUAAUGUGUAAGUCACUAAUAUAUAUUUUGACUUCUACCAUUGUUUGAUCGUAUUUAUCACUUUACUUCAGGAUUGUUUGUAAUGCGUUAUCAUUUGUGAUCAUAUUACUGUAUAUUCUUGAUAUAAACCAGGGUUCUAAUAACAGAUGUAAAUUUCUUUCUUGGAUUUAUCUUGUAAAUGUUCUCAAAGUAAAGACAUUGUACAUUCAUCUUACAACAUCAUAAAGAAAUUAUGAUUUGGUGUACAUUGAUACUCGUAUUAUAUGCCUUAUACUAAAGUAUUAAUCAACGUUUGCCAUUACGUUUUUAACCAUAUUAAUAUAGCGGGUGAGCCAUCCAGCUUAUCCUAGAAGAUUGGCUGAUUAUAAUGUUUAAAGAUGUUUUUAA